GACCAGAAGAAAAAAAAAAGGCGCCGUCUCUUUCUUGCGUCCCUUCCGUGGCCGCGCCGUCCGCUAGGAGUUGGAGCCGGCGCUAGGGCCAAGGCCGGAUUCGGAUUGGAUGUCUCAUGCCGCCGCCGCCAGGUCGCGCCGCGUCGUCGCGGUGCUCGCCGUCGCCCUCUUCCUGGCCUGCUGCUUGCACCCCGCCGCCUCCUCCUCUUCCCGGAGAGCAGCGGCGGCGUCAUUGCAACGAGUCGAGAUGGCGGCCAUGUACGCGCCGCAGGACCUGCAGGAGAAGCCGGAUGUGACCAAGGACGCGGAGGAGGACGUGAGCACGACGGGGUUCGGCGCGGAGGAGGAGCGGGAGGUGCCCACCGGCCCGGACCCCAUCCACCACCACGCCAGGGGCCCCCGGCGCCGCCAGUCGCCCUGAUCACGCGCGCGCGCGGGGCGGUGGGCGGGGAUCCUUCCAUGGCCAGGGUGUGGGGUGAGCCAUGAGGAACAGACCAGAUUCUGAUAUGCAUGGCUGCUGUGUUUGUUUUCCUGAAUCUGUGACGAUGCACUUUGGAUUCUGAUUCGAUUGCUAGCUGUUGUUGUAGGGAGAUUGUAGUCUCAUUCAGGGCUAUGUCCUUUCUGUUUUUGCAUACUAAAUCAAAGGAACAGGGGGGAAUACAAUUCAUUUUCAUUAAUAAGGGAUGUACAAUUACUGGUUC